AUGGCCGAUGAAGAGCUUGCCAGUUACAGACUACAAUUUCAACAGGUAGAAGCCGCUCUACUUGGUGAUCCUGACAAUGAGGAGUUGCAGAAGCUGAAAGCUGAUCUUGAAGAAGUCAUUGCUCUUCAGGAAGAAUUGGCGAGCAGUUCGGCAUCGGGUUCCGCAAACGGCUCUGCUCCAGUUGCACCGCAUCCAGCGAAGAAAUAUGAGGUCGGCGAUCGUGUUAUGGCACCUCUUCCUAACGGUAAUCGAGCAGUAGCCGUGGUUGAUUCUCUGACAGCUGCUGGAGUUGCUGUUAUUUUUAUCAGUAGCGGCCAGAAAACAAUCGUGGAUCCUUCUGAUCUUACUGAUGCACCUGACUCUCAUAAGAAGAACUACGUUUUCGACUCAGGACGUACUGGUCUCUCAAAAACUGCAUCAAAUAAGAAAGAGUGGCUGGCGGAACGUGAAAGGAGACGUAUGCGUGCACAGAAGAAGGAGAUGAAGCGCAAAGAAUUGGAUUUGGCGAAGGAAAGCGAGAAAAGUAACUGGCUGAAAUUCAAUAAUAAGGCAGUCACCAAGGGUAUUAAGGGAAUGAAGCGAGUGAUUGCGACUGGAUCUGCACAGGAUGGCCCUGCUGGUGGAAUGAAAUCGCAGACUUUGGUUUCUUCUCGAGCCAAUCAGUUCGCAUUUAAAUCCGCUCGCGGUUCAAUGGACUCACUUUUUUGA